CCAAUGCUGACUACCUUUCAAGAUUUCCUUUACCCACAGAAAUCGAUGGAAAAGAAAUCAAUACAGAAUCCGUUCUACAAAUUCACCAAAUCGACCUACUUCCAGUGACCCAGAAAGAAAUUAAAAAUCAAACGCUAAAGGAUCCAGAGCUUAAAAAUUUAUAUUUAUCUCUACAAGCUGGUAACUUGUUACCAACAGGCUAUUCGCAAACCGAAUUUGAAUUGUUGGACGGUUGUAUUUUUAAGGGAAUACGGGUUGUCAUACCAAAAUCUUUACAACACAAAAUUUUACAAGAACUUCAUAGUGCUCACGUUGGCAUUGUUAAAAUGAAGGCACUCGCGCGUAGCUAUGUAUGGUGGAAAGGAAUAGACUCCGACAUUGAAGCACUGAGCAAACAUUGCAUGCAUUGUUCGAAUGUAGCAAACUCGCCUGCCAAAGUAUACCAUCCUUGGGAAUAUGCAUCAUCCCCAUGGCAACGUAUCCAUAUUGACUACCUAGGACCUUUUAUGAACACUUACAUCCUUAUUAUCGUAGAUGCUUACACAAAAUGGAUAGAGGCAAUACCGAUGAAAAAUAUUACUGCAAAUGCUACAAUACGCAUUCUUCGUGACAUCUUCUCUCGUUUUGGAUUACCAGUUACAGUAGUAUCGGAUAAUGGCAGCCAACUGAAAUCGACAGAAUUUGAAAUGUUUUUAAAAUCAAAUGGAAUUCACCACAAAUGCAUCGCACCUUAUCACCCUGCGACAAAUGGACAAGCUGAACGAUAUGUCCAAGUGGUAAAAAAGGGAUUGCGCAGUAUGAUGAACGAACCGGGAGAUCUACAUUUUAAAUUAUGUCAACUUUUACUGCAGUAUAGGAAGUUACCAAAUUCAACCACAGGUAUAAGCCCUGCAGAACUGAUGUUCAAAAGACCCAUAAGGACCAAGAUCGAUCUAGUGAAACGAAAUGUAAAAUCGGAACAGGAUAAUAGAGAAAGGAGAAUAUGUAUGGCUCGGAAAUUCAGCAUUGGUGACAGGGUUCAAGUGAGGUGUUACGCUAACAAGGUCUAUAAAUGGAAAUAUGGCGUGGUAACAUCACAAACAGGACAUCUACAUUAUAACGUUAUUGUAGAUGGAAUUGUACAUAACUACCAUGUGGAUCAAAUGAAAGCAACCGCAGUAGAAAACCGGCAAUAUGUUCCAACCAAAGAAAUUCAGGAGCCUCAAGUAAAACCUAAAAUUGAACCACCACCUACAGAGGUAGAGUCCGAAGGAUUACCAGUACCUGAAGGAAAUCAUGGACCCAAUGAUACAAUUCCAAUUUUGGAUGCAACGAUACCUACAAGUUCAGCGGAAGAACCAAUUGAACGUGAACAGGGAUCAACUAUUCCACGAAGGUCGACCCGAACAAGGAAACCACCAACCAGAUUAGACUUGUAAUAUUAUUUUCUUUCAGAAAUAAUUAGUUCUUUCUCAUGUUACUCAUUUAUACCAUUGUAAUGAAUUAUUCUUUGUGGGGAAGAGUGUUAUAUAUAUGUGUACGUAGACGGAACGGGAGACACAGAGGAAAUGACAUGUACUUUUUAGGUUAUGCUUUUUUACUGACUUACUAUGAAAUAUAUUAAGUGUACAAACGAAUACUGGUAUUCUGAAUUAUUCGACUUGAAGACUACGUGCCGAACAUAACAAAAUCCACUACAGGAUAUAAUUCAGCAUAGUUCGAACAAAUUAAACUAAAAAUCGUCAUUAGAAAACUCCAUCUUAGACAUUGAAGUUGAUAACACUAGGUACAUUACUGGAAGAGUGAGUUGAUCUACUUUGCGAUCGAAAAGUUUAAUUGCACACGAUGUGAACAGCUUCUCAGAAAACCACAUCAAACCAUAAUGACGCCAAGGAACUAUUAAUUUUACACAAAUCCUUUGAAAAUAGGAAAAAACGCUGUGGCAUCGGCCAUAUCUGUUAAAUUGUUGCUAAGAACUUUAAAUUUUGUAAAUGGUCUUUGUAAUACUAUUAAGAGUAGUUCAAACAAAAAUGUACAGAAUCAAAAAUUAAACGAAUGAAACGUCAUAAAUUUGCUUGCGUUCAUAUGUCGUCCCAUUCGACGUCAUCAUUAGUACGUGCAUUGCAAUGUGUUUAAUAAGUUGCCUAUUUAACGCAAAUAUUCGCUACAGUAAGCGGCUGCCAUUUUUCCCUAUUUCUCCGU